AUGGAGAGGAACCAAGUGGAACAUCAAGGAAAGGAACUCCAAAGGGUUUGGGCUACAAUCGCUGAGGGGUACUCUUCCUCAAGGUCCAAGGCUGCUCAGAUCAGGAGCCCAGUGCUUGAGAUAUGUGCACAAGGCUCUUGCCAACACCUUCUUUGCAAGGAAGGCCACUGGACAAUCAAUGAGGGAGAAGUGAAGCUCCUUGACAUGGGAAUCAAGCCUAUCAUCUCACGCACAAGGAUGGGAAGAAGAUCAGAGGAGAUAGGGCACACGCAGGGAACUCAUGCCCUCCUUGAGCAGCUCUCCUACAAGUCACAGCUUACAACACUAGGCACCAAGAGGAAGAAAGCUUAG